UGAACGCUGAAGGAGAAAGAUGUUGCGUUCUGUGUCGGUGGGAAUUUUCUUCGCCUGCAUUCUGUGUCUUGCUCAGUCGUCAGACCGCUGCGAGGUGACUGACACGUGGUCCUCCUCGACGACCUUCAAGGACCACCUUGACUUCUCGUUCGCGUGUGCGCCCGAGCGCCUCAUGAUCUCCUUCUCCGGAGGAUCUCUCGACGGAGAGUUCUUUCACUUCCAAAGAUUCCAGAGAAAGUACUUAAUAAUGACUCGGAGGAGCAUGACCAAACACCGUAUACCUAGCGGAAGCUCGAACUGGACCCUUACUCUCAGCAGCACUAAAGGCGUCCUACUCGUAGACUUGACCAUGAGUAUGACCCUUCCGAUCUUCUUGCCCAAGGGCCGGGUCGGAGUCUGCUACAAAGUGCAGUUCGAAAGCAACGGUCUCGACCUUAGUGUGUCUCGUGGAGAAGGGGGCGCUCCUUGCGAUGUGUUAACCACAACAACAACAACACCACCACCUAUAACAACAACAAAAACCUCAUUAAAAGCUGCGAAAGCCAUCUCUAAACGCCGUCGAGGAUCAGCCAGGACGGCCCGCGAUCCUCCAAGAACCUCGGGUCUGCUUCCCAACGCUGACCCCGACCUCGAGGGAAAGGAAAUCCCCGCCGCUGAGGCCGAGGCGUGGGAGGACGGCGCCGAGUGGGACGUGGGCUGCAUCCUGCUGGUGGCGGCCGUGAUUGCUUUCAUUUGAUCUCAUGUUUGCAUAUGAAUAAUUACA